AAGAACGGUCUAUCUAUUUAUUUGGUUUCUUUUCUCCUCUCUCCUCUCUCCUCUCUCCUCUCUCUCUAACCCUUUCCUGGUAAACCGAAGACUGACUUGGUUCUCCGGCAUUGACUGGACUCCCAGGCAGCCCACUCCGGCAACAUGACACAGUCAGAUCGGGGUAGGUACAUGCAAUGGGGAUAGGAGUGGAGGGGUUUAUUGAUAUAUCAGGAAUUCGGCAAAUUGGCCGAAAAUUCUAGCUUUCAGGGCAAAGGUGGAGGUUUCAUAGUGGAAUCUCUAGAUUAGGGUUCAAGCAAUUGUUGAAAAGGAUUCAAUUUCCUGGGUUUUCGAUGAAUUCAGAGAGCAAAACUGGAGGUUUCAUACUGGAAUUUCUAAAUUAGGAGCAAAGGAAGUGUUGAGAAAGAUUUGAUUUUUUAGUGUUCGAUGAAUUCAAGGAUGAAUUCAGGGAACAAAUCUGGGGGUUUCAAUCUGGAAUCUCUGGAUUAGGGAGCAAGGAAGUGUUGAGAAAUAUUCAAUUUUUGGGGGUUUCAAUGAAUUCGAGGAUGAAUUCAGGGAAGGGGUUUCUGGUUCCCCCAGAAAACGAAACCCAAAUUGGGGGUUCUUGGCUGCCCCUCACACCGGACAAGCCUCCUAACUUGCCAAGAUCAAAUGGUGUCCCGCUUGAAAGUCAAGGUAAUCAAGCAGGAAGAUCAAAUUGGCACGAAGUACUCAGUGUUCCUGAUCGACAUACACAACAAUUGACGAAUUACAAAGGAAAUGGGCAAAAUUUCAAUCUAAUUGGAUUUAUGGGACAGAAAGGCAGUUCUCAUAAUGGGGGUUUUGAUCACAAUGUUGGAUCCUAUGCACAUACCUUUGGCAACGACGCUGCAGCUUGGAAUGACAAUCCUUUGGCAGAACUUUUUGGAAAUGGAACGUCAAAUAGAAGCAAUAACGCAGCAAACAUGCCCACAAUUCUGAAUUCAUACUCUCAAGUUGACAGCAGUUGGACAGAGGGGAACUUCACUAGUUUGUUGCUUGAAAGCGAUAAUCCUAGCCCGUGUUCAAAACACUACCAGCGGAUCAAUGCUGACAGCUUACAGCAGAUGCCCAAGGAUGGAUUUCCUGUCCCUUUCCGGCCCAACUAUAAUCUAAACUCGCCACCGAGAUCAGAAGCUGAUGCUACAUCAAGUACAACCAAUUCCUUUCCAUUCGCACCUGUAACACCAGAUCACACAAGGCAGUUUGAAAACCACCACCAUCAUUCUGAAAGCUCCAGUCAAGAAAAAGAUAAGCCAGAGAAUUUAUUGACAUCUAUUGGAAGUGAAGGAAUUGAGAAUCACAGUAAUGAACUCUUGCAACAUAUUGUGGACUCAUCAUCUGCUGCUGUUUCUACAAUGUUGAAGGAAAAGAACAAUUCUGAGGGAGGUGAUCGAGGCAUAGACUUGAAUGACUCACCCCAGCAGAAACCAAAAAGGAGAAAACACAGACCAAAGGUGAUUGUGGAAGGCAAACCGAAAAGAACUCCACAGCCCAAAAAUCCGAAGAACACCAACUCUGAUAACCCAUCUGGAAAGAGGAAGUAUGUGCGCAAGAAGAACCUUGACGCCACAGCAACUCAAGGGACAGAUGCUCCAAAUGAAGUUACACUUCCUAAUUUUGAAUCUAAUGCCAACAAGAACCCAAGUGGCAAGAGGAAGUAUGUGCGCAAAAAGAGCCUUGAAGCCACAGUGACACAACAGACAGAUCCUGCAAGCAAAGUUACAGGUCCUAAUUUUGAUUCUAAAGCAAAAUCUAGCAGGAGAAAGUUGGAUUUUGAGUUGGAAAACAAUAAAAACAGUGAAAGCCAGGGCGAAGCAGCUAUUAACCAGGUGGAAAUACAUCAAGAGAAACAUGCAUCGUUUAAUUUGAAUUUGGAUUCUCAAGCCACCAAGUUAUGCUCUGAAAUCAACAGCGUUGCCAGAAUGGAAUCAGCUGAGAUAAACGUGCAGAAUGGAUAUACAGGUGGCAACCAGCAAGCAAGAAGUACAUGUGAGAUAAAGGUGCAGAACGGAUAUACAAGAGGAAACCAGCAAGCAGGGAGUACAUGUGAGAUAAACGUGCGUAAUGGAUAUACAGGAGGGAACCAGCAAGCAAGAAGUACAUGUAACCUUACCCAUUACAUGAAUCAAAUGCCAGCUGAAAGCAUACCAUUUCCAGAGAGGUGUGCCCCUGCAGCCCCACCAGUUGCAAUCAAACAAAAUGCUCUAAAUGUCAUUGCAAGAAGUGCAAGCAUGAGAAAUGCAAUUCUGUACCAAACAACCGAGAAAAACAGUUACAGUCGGGAGCAUCAACAUUUCCAAGGAGAAUCUUUAAUUCAGAAUGAAAGAGCUCAGUUUGACUCUUACAAGAAUAUCUCACAAGCAAAUACUACUCAUGUAAACCUUGAGGAAACCAGGCAGAAGACAUGGCAGAGAAUCCUUCAAAUGGUAGAAAAAAAGGAGGCCAAUUCCAAUGAAAAAAGAGGAUCAAAGAGGGAAAAUUGUUAUGCAAUUGAGCAAACAGGUCCCUCUGGAAUAAAUCAGAUGGCUUCGCCAUUUUUUUGCCAGGAGAAAUAUCAGGUAGAUGACCAUAACAGUAACAGCCACAAUUUUGGAACCAGCUGUUCGAAAAUUUACAAGAAAACGAGAACAGAGAAUGGAUUUUACACAACCAUGUGUAGCACACCUUGUGUGACAGUUAAAGACGAUAGGCUCUUUCAGUUCCCGACUGCUGAGCACAAUAUCCAGAAGCAACUUACUGCAUCUGAGCUGCAUUCAACCAUAGAAAGGAUGGGAGAGAAAAGACCCAGCAGAUCAACUCAGGUCCACAACAUUACCUCCCUAGCUGUGAUGACCAACUCGAACCUGCUGUCAUCAACUCCACCCAAAAAUUCCCCCGCAUCUACUUAUCAGCAAGGAAUUGAAACUAACCAUGCAAAUAUGUCAAUAGAAAGGUUCAACGUGGCAUCAACUUCAUCCAACCCAGUCUCAUCCUAUACAAAUAAAAUGCUCUUGCAAAAGGAUGCUUUGCAUUAUCGACAAUCCUCCAUGAAAGAAAGAGCAGGCCAACGAGAGCAGCAAUACUCAGUUACAAUUGAUGAAAUCACAUGCAGACUGCAAGGUCUAAAUAUCAUUGGCAGGAGCAAGAAAACAGAUGGGAAUGAGCGAAAUGCACUUGUUCCAUACAAAGGACCUGGCACAAUGGUUCCGUACGAGGGGUUUGACCCUAUCAAGAAACGCAAGCCACGGCCUAAAGUGGACCUUGACCCAGAGACAAAUAGAAUUUGGAAACUAUUAAUGGGAAAGGAAGGAAGUGAAGGCACCGAAGCAGGAGACAAGGAGAAGUGGUGGGAAGAAGAACGGAAAGUAUUCCGUGGACGAGCAGACUCUUUCAUUGCACGCAUGCAUCUUGUUCAAGGAGAUAGGCGCUUCUCGAUGUGGAAAGGAUCAGUUGUUGACUCAGUAAUAGGAGUGUUCCUUACUCAGAAUGUUUCAGACCAUCUUUCAAGCUCUGCCUUCAUGUCUCUUGCAGCAAGAUUCCCCCUUUGGUCAACCACCAGUGAUCAACCAUGCUACCAUACUGAAACAAGCAUACUGGUUGAAGAACCAGCAGUUCAGAUAUUAGGCCCAGAUGGCGCUGUUAAAUGUCAUGAAAAAAUAGUAAGGCAACCAGUUUUCAACCAAGCACCUGUAACAUACCAUGAAUCACCAAAGCACAGAACAGAAGAUCCAACCUCAGGAACAGCAAGAACAAGUCAAGCAACUGAGCAUCAUAGGAUAGCAAACGGAAAAGCUGGUUCAUCACAAAAUUCUUCUGAUUCUUUUGUAAUUCAUGCCAAUGGAGAAAUCCAAUCCUGCUCAGGGUCCAACUCAGAAGCUUCAACUCAUGGGGGAAAAUCUAACAAGAUCCAUGGUCCUCCAUCUCUUCUACAUACAAGGAGAACUGCUUCGUUCCAGAUAUUUCACAAUCCUGUAACUGGGAGCCUGUGCUUUGAUGACAUGUCAACAAAUUGGCAUAAGCAAUCAGAAGACAUAGACUACAAUAAGCAAAUCCCAAGAUUGCAAACCCACCCAAUCAAUUCUGACUUUUCCCACAUGCAAGGAAGAAUUGUGCCUCCCAGUCAUUUUCAGUUGCACAUGACACCAGACUUGGCAGGAAAGGAAGCUGACUGUUUUGGAAUGUUGAGAGAAGAAAGCAUAUCUUCUUUGCCUUCAACUGAUUCUGGAAUUGCCAAGGGAAAAGGUGUAGACUAUAUGAAUAGAAAGAUUGGACAUACUGCAGAUAUAAUGAGUAAAAACAUUGUCCAACAGAAUGGAGUGCCAAUGAUUCCAGCACCAACAAUUAACCCAUACGCACUUCUAACCAACCAACCAACACACCAAAAAAGUAGCUUACAGUCAGUACCUCAAACUGGAAAGGGCCAGCUUUCUCUCAAUGCUCAUCAACAAGAAAGGUUUGGGCCAUUUCAAUUGGAAAACACAUUGGUUAAAGAGCGAAUAAGACAGACUGAUGCAGUUGCUAUGAGUCAAAGUUGUACCAGGCAUCAAGCUCCUAAUGACCCCAAGCGGCAAGUUUUUGAUGUGGAGGAGCGAACUACUGUAGUCAAUAAGCAACAAUUCUUGGAGACUACAGCAAUUGAAGUAAAUGAAAAGGAGCAAAUAUAUUGUACUGGUGAGACAACUCCUGGGAUGAGUACAAAUAUGUCAAAUGCAAGAAAAGGAAAGGCUGGGGAUGAGAAGGGAGAAUCAUUUGACUGGGAUAGCUUGAGAAAGCUGGUGGAACCCAAUGGUAGAAGAAAGGAAAGAAACAAGGACAAAAUGGACUCCCUGGACUAUGAAGCAUUACGAUGCGCAAAUGUCAAUGAGAUUUCUAAUGCCAUCAAAGAACGAGGAAUGAACAACAUCCUAGCUGAACGAAUCAAGGAUUUCCUUAACCGACUAGUUAGAGAACAUGGCAGCAUUGACCUAGAGUGGUUGAGAGAUGUUCCUCCAGAGAAGGCAAAAGAUUAUCUUUUAAGUAUUCGAGGAUUGGGCUUAAAAAGUGUGGAGUGUGUACGGCUAUUAACUCUUCAUCAUCUUGCUUUCCCGGUUGACACGAAUGUUGGAAGGAUAGCUGUGAGACUGGGAUGGGUCCCUCUCCAACCAUUACCAGAAUCUCUUCAACUACAUCUCCUAGAGCUGUAUCCAAUGCUUGAGUCAAUUCAGAAAUAUCUGUGGCCCAGACUCUGCAAGCUGGAUCAGCGAACACUGUAUGAGCUACAUUACCAGAUGAUUACAUUUGGAAAGGUUUUCUGCACAAAGAGCAAGCCAAAUUGCAAUGCAUGUCCAAUGAGAGGAGAGUGCAGACACUUCGCAAGUGCUUUUGCAAGUGCAAGACUUGCCCUCCCAGGCCCAGAAGAGAAAAGUGUAGUGAGUUCAGCUAUUCCCGUUGCCACUGACAAAAGCCCUGCUGUGGCAAUCAAGCCAAUGCCACUACUACCAGCUGGCAGCAGUGAACCUAAAGAGAUGGAGUCAUUUGUGGGCACCUGUGAGCCUAUUGUCGAGGAACCAACAACACCAGAACCAGAAAACACAGAAAUAACAGAAAGUGACAUUGAAGAUGCUUUUUAUGAGGAUCCUGAUGAAAUUCCUACAAUCAAACUCAACAUUGAAGAGUUCACAAUGAAUCUGCACAACUAUAUGCAAGAGAAUAUGGAUCUGCAUGAAGGAGAUAUGUCCAAAGCCUUAGUUGCUUUGAAUCGAGAAGCUGCUUCCAUCCCUACACCGAAACUGAAGAAUGUGAGUCGACUACGGACAGAGCACCAAGUGUAUGAACUUCCAGAUUCACACCCUCUCCUACAAGGGCUGGAUAAACGAGAACCUGAUGAUCCAAGCCCAUACCUUCUUGCUAUAUGGACACCAGGUGAAACAGCAAAUUCAGUUCAACCACCUGAAAGAAGUUGUGCCUCUCAAGAAUCAGGCAAACUGUGCAACGAAAAAACAUGUUUCUCAUGCAGUAGUGUGAGAGAAGCAAAUUCACAGACAGUCAGAGGGACCAUUUUGAUACCAUGUCGAACAGCAAUGAGAGGGAGUUUUCCACUCAACGGUACAUACUUCCAAGUUAAUGAGAUGUUUGCAGAUCAUGAAUCCAGUCUUAAUCCAAUUGAUGUUCCAAGGGCAUGGAUAUGGAAUUUGCCUAGACGAACAGUGUACUUUGGGACCUCCGUAACAUCAAUUUUUAAAGGCCUGCCAACAGAGGGAAUUCAAUACUGCUUCUGGAGAGGAUUUGUCUGUGUAAGGGGAUUUGACCAAAAAACAAGGGCACCUCGACCUCUCAUGGCUAGACUGCACUUCCCCGCAAGCAAGUUGAUCAAGACAAGAAAUGAAGGCGAUUAAAAAGAUGCCCAUAAUGCAGAGGAGUACCAAUUUAUGGUGCUAACCAAGUCUAUCAGUACAGGGAGAAAAAUUGAUUGCUAAACAUGGAAACAGAUCAAUGACUAACAUAUUGUUGUACAUUCAAUUGUUCCUGCUCUAACAUGAGAUGCAUUUUACAUGCAAUUCAGGCGGCACAAAAAAAUUUUCAAAUUAUUUGAUGAGAUCCCCUGACAAUUAGGCAUUAGUCUGUACAUGACUCAUUGUAAUUGUUUCAAUUCAAUGCUUGAAAAUGAGCAUUGUUCAAAGAUUAGCACAACGCAGAAUAAGACGGAGGAGAAAAAUGUAGCUUGUGAAGUUGAUACUUAUUCUCAUUCAUUGUAUAUAUGUGCAAGCAAAUAGAAAUCACAUGAGUUAUGCGAAGACAAUGUUGCAUGCA